CGCCUGGUUUGACCUUCAGGUGGAGGAGAACCGCUGCAGCCGAGUGCAGCGGGUGGUGGAGCAAGCGGCCAGCUCCGUCUACAUGGACUCUCGCAGCAUCACGCUAAAGGCCACGCUGGCACCGGGCUCCUACGUGGUGCUGCCCACUACCUACCUGCCAGGAGCCAGCGGACACUUCCUCGUGCGGCUCUUCUCGCAUUCACAUCUUCACCUCAGGGAACUGAAGAACGACUUGCCAUCGCCACCUUUACUUCAGUGCUUUUUACCUCAACCCACUGUUGUGACCACAGUCCACCUACAGAGGGCGACAGGACUCUGCCCUCCCAAACAGAUAGCUCCCGAUGUUUACGCCAUCAUUCGUUGUGAGAGCGCCACCGUUCGCUCUCAGGUGUUUAAAGCCAAAGGAAAUCCAGAAUUCCACCUGAGAGCCAUCUUUUACAGGAGAUACCCCGACGCACACAUCUCAGUCGAGAUUUGGAGCAGAGGCCUCCUGUGGGACUCCAUUUUGGGCCACGCCCGACUCCACACGACGCCGACCGACCAGAGUCGGGACCACGCGAUGGAGCUACGAGGAGGCCGUUCGGGUUCAGGAGGCCGCGUCUACGUGGAGACGUCAUCGAGCGUCUGCCUGAUGGACUUGUAGCCGCCUCGCCGGCUCGUCCGGUUGACGCGGUAACGAGAACCGCACCAUCCCCUGGAGCGUUUUCAUUUGAAUCUACCAAAAUAGGGACGAUGCCAAAUCCUUGCAACUGCUGUACAUUUGCUAUCCAAAGUUUUGUUUUCUUUUCAUGUCAUUUCUCAGAUGUGUGAAUAUUAGGGGUGCAACGAUUCAUCGAUACACAUCGAUUCAUCGAUAUAAGGCUCUACAAUUUAUUGGCAUCGAUGCUAAACGGAAACAUUAGGGGUGUAACGAUUCUUCGAUACACAUCGAUUCAUCGAUAUAAGGCUCUACGAUUUAUUGGCAUCGAUGCUAAACGUAAACAUUAGGGGUGUAACGAUUCUUCGAUACACAUCGAUUCAUCGAUAUAAGGCUCUACGAUUUAUUGGCAUCGAUGCUAAACGUACACAUUAGGGGUGUAACGAUUCUUCGAUACACAUCAAUUCAUCGAUAUAAGGCUCUACGAUUUAUUGGCAUCGAUGCUAAAGGUAAACAUCGAUUUAUAUCGCCGUGUUUGACCUCGGACAUUAGACGCGACUUUAUCUUGAAAUCAGUUCAUUGUUGCUUGCUUCCUCUUUCCGGGAGCAGUGAGCGGCGUGUUGUGUUGUGAGCAGAGCAGGCACGUGAAAGGGGAGUCGACAACUAGUACGCGGCUCCUGGGCUGGUGCUAUGGCUAGUGUCCAAAAAGACGAGGAAAUUCCCUCCCCUUUAGGCUUCAAGUCAUUCUUUGGAAGCACUUUGGAUUCCAAAGAAAAGAUGGCUCAACCGACAAGACACGUGCAGUUUGUAAAUCCUGCCAUGCGGUGAUCACAAAUCUCGCCGCACAUUUAAAGAAAAAACACGACAUCAAAGUUCAGUGUUAAAAUAAGCACUUUGUAUACUGCAAUACUCUUGUAAUUUCCUAAAUAAAGGAUUUGCAGUACCUUGUUGAUUUUGCGUAUGAAUUGUUAUAAAUCAGGAUAUUGUUCUGUAUUUUUUAUUUAAAAAAAAAAAAAAAUCGAUCGUAGAGCACUAUAUCGUGAUGUAUCGUCAAUGAAUCACAGCAAGCUUUAAGAUAUCGGCAAAUAUCCUAUGGCGGUUCUUUGUUUCGAUAUGAUAUCGUAUCGUGACAAAACCCGCGAUUUACACCCCGAGUGAAUAUUAUUGUUUCUUCAUCGAGUGCGUUUCUAUGUUCCUGUCAUUUGAUAGAACAAGCGACUCCAUUUAAGAAUUUUUGUCAUGGGAAAUGAUACCGCCAGAAACACUCGUGGCUGAUUAGUCUUUGUUGAAAUAUUUUCAUUUUGGGGUGUGCUCACUUUUGUUGCCAGCAUUCUCAUUUCAUCACAGUCGUCUAAUGAAAAGGUACACCCCACUUACUCAACUGUUAUUUUCAAUUUACACAUUAUUUAUUUACAAUGUCUUUUCCUUUACCUCUAACAAAAUUGUGGGGGAAAUCCGACUGGAUAUUUGAUGUCUAACUUAUUUCUCAAAGACUUUUUUUUUCUCGCUCAAUAAAUUUUGGAUUAUCGUUAAAUACAUGCCAUUUUAUUUUACAGUGCACUAUCGUGAAUGCCUGCAUGACUUUAAAGAUUAAAAGUGUUUUCCUUGUUUUUUUUGGUGUUAG